AUGCCUCAAAACGAGUAUAUCGAACAGCACAUCAAGCAGCAUGGUCGCAGACUCGACCACGACGAGAGAAAACGUAAAAGAGAGGCCAGAGAGUCUCACAAGGUAGCAGAAAGAGCACAGAAGCUGACCGGCUGGAAAGGUAAGCAAUUCGCCAAGAAGAGAUACGCAGAGAAGGUUGCGCUGCGCAAGAAAAUCAAGGCUCAUGAGCAGUCCAAGGUCAAGGGCCCUUCGGAGCCUAUGGAGGACUCCGGAGAGGCUCUCCCCACGUAUUUGCUAGACAGAGAACAGAACAACACCGCGAAGGCGAUUUCUUCUUCCAUCAAGCAAAAACGGAUGGAGAAAGCCGACAAGUUCUCGGUGCCCUUGCCUAAAGUGCGUGGUAUCAGCGAAGAGGAGAUGUUCAAAGUGGUAAAAACCGGGAAGUCCAAGAGUAAGAGCUGGAAGCGUAUGAUCACCAAACACACGUUUGUCGGCGAGGGGUUCACGAGAAGACCUGUGAAGACCGAGAGAAUCAUCCGGCCCAGUGCUCUGAGACAGAAGAAGGCGAACGUGACGCACCCGGAGCUGGGAGUCACGGUGUUCUUGCCGAUUCUGGGCGUGAAGAAAAACCCACAGUCGCCGAUGUACACGCAGCUGGGUGUUCUCACCAAGGGUACGGUCAUCGAGGUCAACGUUUCCGAACUGGGGAUGGUGACCGCAGGAGGCAAAGUGGUGUGGGGUAAGUACGCGCAGAUCACCAACGAGCCCGACAGAGACGGGUGUGUGAACGCGGUGCUUUUGGUGUAG